AUGACCAGAGACGACGAUUACGUUUUGGGACGAAGCAUCAGCGACUCUAUCCGCCUAGAUGCGCAGCAUCUCCUUUGGAAGAUGCAUACGGGAUACGAGUUGCAUCCCGAAAUCCCCGUGACUAGUGAUAUGAAGAUUGCUGAGGUUGGAACAGGUACAGCUGUCUGGGUAUUUGACCUUGCCAGAAAGCUUCCGCCCACUGCUCGCCUGUACGGAUUUGACAUCUCGGAUGCGCAAUUCCCAGCCCGGAAGCUGUGGCCGAAGAAUGUGACUCUCGACCUGCUCGACUCGUUGACGGAACCGCCUGAAUCGCUGGCGGGUCAAUUCGAUGUGGUGCAUUUGAGAAUGUGGGCGAGCAACUUGCGUGGAAAGGAUACAUCCCUUUUGAUCAAUCACGCCAAGGCCCUCCUGAAGCCUGGUGGAUUCAUUCAAUGGGAAGAGGCCGACCUGGUCCAUCAGUUUGUAGAGGGUCCCAAAGCCGAAGACUUUGAACGUGAAAUCAAUGAAAUGUUUGACAAAGUGGGCCUGGACUACAGCUGGGUAUCUCGUCUGCCCGACAGCAUCCGUCAAGCCGACCUUCGGAUCAUCGAAACAGAGCGCAAGACUUUUGACAAUGACCUGAAGCACUUGUGCACCAACACCUACCUCUUGGCUCUACGGGAGAUCCUCCAAGGAGUCAAAGGGAUUCUGGGCAGUCAAACGCUGCUUUCAGUGACGGAGUUGGAACUUCAUCUGUAUCAUCUGACUCUGGAGCGGACGGAUGGCAUUGUCUACAAUUGGUCCCCGGUGACUCUGUUGGCGCAGAAGAGUGAGUGA